ACCCCAGCACACAGAGUCAGUCAGUACAUUUUAGUUGCAAAUGAAAAAUACGAACACUGGGAUUUGCUCUCUCUAUCGCUGAGAGAUUCUCUGUGAUCGAUGGCAAUGGCGGACAAUGGGCGAGUCGUCUGCAAAUGCACAACAUCGAGCAAGAGCAUCUUCUGCUUCAGAUAAUUCAGUUUCGACGACAAGCCCAACCACCGAAACCUCCUCCGAAACGUUUCGACCCUUCCCGUCUUUAAAAAAGGCCUCUUCACUCGUUGCAGCCCAUCCCUUGCCGGAAACAGUAUUCUCAGUAUGGAUGCACAGGAGAAUUCGAGGUCCUCGAUAUUGCCAUCAUCCCUAGAUAAGAGAAUUCCCAUAUAUGGGAUGAUGCCUGUUGAUGCCUUCUGCAUUGAUGGUACGGGGCGUCCAAGGAUUAGGAAGUGUCCACAGAAUUGCAGUUAAGGUUUGGUGGGGAAUCGUAGAGCGUUGUUUUCCUCUUGCAUAUGAUUGGUCUCUAUAUGAAAGGCUUUUCAAAUUGAUUUCUGACUCAGGUUUGAAGUUGCAUGUUGCCUUGUCUUUUCACUCAAACGUUAACCCUUCUUCUAGCAGAAAAGGGUGUGUAACUCUUCCGCUUUGGAUCAUAGAGAUUGGUCAUCAGAAUAAGCAUAUAUUUUAUCAGGACCCAAAUGGAUUUUCCAAUGAUGAUUAUCUUACACUCGGAGUUGACCAUGUUCCUCUCUUUUGCGGCUGGACUGCCCUCCAAUGUUAUGAGGAUUUCUUGUCAAGUUUUGCUAAGAAAUUUGAAUCCUUAAUUGCCUUAAUUGGAACUAUGAUAGAAGAAAUUAGUGUUGGUCUUGGUCCUUCUGGUGGACUUAAGUAUGUUACUGUUACACUAGAACCACAAGUAUGAAGCCAGUCCAAUGAUUUCUUAUGCAAUAUUGGGGAGAGAAGGGGCCACAAAAUGCUGGCUGUUGCAACAAUCUCCCAUCUGAAGUUCCUUUCUUUGAAGAGGGAGAGGAAAGCAUUCUUUCUGAUUAUGGGUGUUUUUUCCUUGUAUGAAACUGAUGGAAGCAGCUUGCUUUAUUGUUUCCCAUGAAAAAUUUCUGCAUAACUGAAGCCUAGUGUAAAUUGCACGAAAUCAUUGUUUGUAUUUCAUCCUCGAACUACUACAUUGUUUCUUUAGCCAGGAAACACUUCUGUGUAGGUGCCUGUAAACAAUAUGGGCCUGCAAUAUAUAUUUUCAAUCUUUAGUGGAACUUUUCUUAUAACUAA